CGGUUGAUUGAGGGGAGGCUUGUGCCCAGCAGUGGGACGUAUACAGGCUAUUAUGUGUCUUGUGAUAAAAAACCUUCGAUCGCUAUUGGCCCAUUCGGGAUGCUUCUCUCAAAAACUACUGUAUGCGCCUUGAGCAGUUCGCUCCUACCUUCUAAAUUUUGUACCCUUUCGAGAGUCCUCAGCGCUCCCCAUUUUUCCGGCAGAGUCAUAUUCGAAGUGCGGUUCGAUAUUUAAAAACAAGAAAUGCUGGAUCUUCUGUUACAUGUUAUUGGUUUAGGCUGCCUGUUCAGCGGAGCGGAAAGAGACAGCGAAGCGGGGAAACGGAGAAAUAUUAGACAGGACGUUACGAACUAGUUUGUGCAAUUCUAUUGGUUAAUAUAUAUUUCUCCGUUUCUGCUCCGCUGCCUCUGCUCCGGUGGAUAGGCAGCCUUAGUCUAUGCUUCCUCAAUAACUCAGAUGGAGUCAAACAUGGUGGAGUGUGAGGGUGAGCCGCGGUGCCCGGCGGGGUGCAGGAGCGCAGACCCACCCGCGACCCUGGCGGUGCUGCAGGACGUGCACCGGGCGUAUGAGGAGCGGAUGGAGGUCGUCGACCGGCUUGGAGGCGCCAGGAAACUGCAGAUGCAGGUGGAAGUGCUGCGGGCGUGGGUGGGCGACCUGGUGGGGCAGAACACCCUGCUGGCGCGCGCCGUGCAGGAGCUCGAGACGGAGGCCACCAACCGGCUGCUGCUCGAGCGGACCAGGCAUGCAGAGAUGGAGCUGGAGCUCCGAGCAGAGGUAGCGGCGCUGCGCCGGCGGCUGGCCCGCAAGGAGUCAGAUCUCCGGGGGCUGGUGGAAGUGCUGCGGAGGCUGCGAGAGUUCGACUACUGCACGCUCGAGGGCAUACACUUCUUUGAAGUCACUGAAUCCGACAUCUUCGGGUCCGUUCAGUGGCGCCAACAAAAGCUAGACCAAGGAGACACGCGGCGGGUGAAGGAAGACUCAAGCAUUGGACGAGAGUCGAGCAGAAACAAACGAAACUUGCACUACAAAGCUCUGUACAGAAAACGACCUUGCAGCUCAAAGGACUUGAUGAGUAUAAACGACGUACUACAGAAGGAAAACAUUGCUAAGGAAAGGGAAAUAAGAAGACUGAACAGGGACGUGCAAAAGUACGAACAGACGAUAGUCAACCUGCGGUCAGAGAUGACUACAAUCAACUGUCGUGCACCAGAAUGUCCCAAAAAGGACGCCGAAGUGAUGGCUGGAAUGUGCUUCGCGUCUGAGUGCGGUGUGCUGGAGCCGGUCAACUACGGGACCUUGCUCGCUGACGACGCUGCCAAGUACCAGGAGAGGAUCCGUAGUAUGGAGACGAACCUUAAGAGUUCAAGCGACAGCGUCCGAGCACUGCGCAAAGUGAACGUAGCUUUGAGCGAAGAGCUGCACGCGCUAAGACGCGUUUGCGCGGCUUUGGACGAGCAGUGCCGCGCGGCUUCUACUCGCAUGUCCUUCAAAGAUGACAUCAUACGAGAGAUGAGGCGGCAGCUUAAGCAGGCCAAGGCCAAGGUGACGUUGCGUCUAAAGGAAUCCGAAGGCUCCAACUCGAAGAGCCACAACGACUUCGGCGCUGGCGAGAAGUUGCGCAACUCAAGCCGUUCGUUCGAGUCGGUGCACUGUGUGCAACCGCGGCGGUCGCACGCCGCGUUCACUCGCGCCCGCGAGGUGGACUCGCCGCUACAUCCCGAUUCUGAUGACUGCCGUAGUCCACGAUUGGAUGGCUCUGGGGAUGAUACAUGUUCAUCCCCUAUCCUGAUAUCGGAGUCGUUGGCGGACCUGGAGAGUUCGUUCCUGCGGCAGUUCCAGGCGACCACCUGUCAGCGGCCACCAGACUGCCCGGGAAUAGCGCCUUGCUCGCACAACUGCCACUCGAAGUUUCCACCUUGUCCCGCUAUCAGAGUUCCAAAGCCGUGUGUCGACUCGUCAAGGAUAUGCGACGAGGAGUGCACGCCACCGCUGACGCCGCCGCGCUGUGCGCUACAGUCACGCGACUCUUGCCCCGCUUUAACCACUACGGGACCAUGUCCGGCCCUGACUCCGCCCUGUCCGGCAUUAAUACCCUCUUGCCCCGCUCGCGAGCCCCCUCCCUGCCCCGCCGCCAAGUUCCCGAAACCGUGCGUCGACUCCCGCAAACUGUGCGAAGAGCAGUGUUCCCUGAGAGACUCUUUUGAAAGUCUACCCAGUCCAUGCCCAUCUUACUUAGAAGAAUUACUUGAAAAGUUUCCUGAUCCACUAAAGUGUUCCACUUUAAAGGGCAGUCCUCGUAAAUCUCGAGGAAAAUCUUCCCCGCCUUUAUCUCCGAAGCGUGGGUCGAGUAGCAGUCGUUUAAAAUCCUUUUUCUCGAGGUCUCACAGUCCGAAAAAUUCUCCUCCUGGUUCUCCUAGUAAAAAAAAGCAAUCCAAAUGUAAAACUCCUCCUAAGUCACCUUGUCCGGGGUCACCUCGUCUGAGGUUAUGUUCGUCUCCUCCGCAGUCACCUCCCAGAUCACCCCCCGGGUCUCCUUGUUCGAGGAUCCCUCGUCCUUGUUCUCCGAAGCCUGCAUGUCCAGGGUCGCCGCGGCGCCCUUGUGCGGCUUCUCCACGGUCGACUUGUUGUAAGACGCCUCCUUCGAAGAUUCCUUGUCCCGCUAAGAGUCCUAGCUGCUCUCCGCGGCCGCGGUCUCCGUGUGGCUCGCUGAUGACGCGAUCAGUAUGCCCCAAGCCAGCAUCCCCCUGUAGUCUCAAACUGCCUCGUUGCCCCAAGCCGCCGCCCUCGUGCUGCCCCAAGCCCCCGUCCCCCUGUGAGCCCCGUGACCCUCCGGAGCAGUCGUCCGUGGCCUCCACGUUGAUGGACAUCGUCAGCAAGAUUGCUUCAUACGCAACAGGCCCUGCCGAGUGCCAACCAGAAGACUGUACGACAAUUGAAGUAAUUGAUAAAAGCUGCAGCUCACCAAACCCAUGCCCUAAGCCGUGUCCGCGGCCCGUGCGCCGCUGCGUGCACUUCCUGCCGCAGCCGCGCUCCUGCGCACGUGAUCUUGAGGAACUGUUCUUCAACCAGGAGCUCAAGAAGAGCGAUGCCUCUGUCGAUUGGUAUUAUGAAUUUAUUGAUUAUAUUUUUUUUUGUUUUCAGCAAUCGUCACCUCCGUGUGCCCAACUUAUCAAGGAUAUGAAGUUGGAACCGUGUCCUUCGGCCUUAGAUCUCCAGCCACAAGAGAGCGGCGCGUGUUCGAGCGCGGGCAGCGCGGCCAGCGUCGGCGCCUGCGACGCGGCUCGCGCGCACUACUACCACAGCAAGCUGCUGGCCACGCUGCAAGUUUUACAAAACAAGGAGGAGACAGUACGCGUGCAGGCGGAGAGCCUUGCCGUUGCAGAGCAGCGCAUCGCCACGCUGACCGUGCGGGCUGCGCAGAUGAGACGAGAGCUCGAGAGGAACGCUUGUGAGUUACGAGCUCUGCGCAAGUCUUCCUGUCCCUCCAAUGCUAAUCGCACUGGGGUGUGUAAUGGCACGCAGUCCCCGACACAGGAAGUGGAAAACCAGAAAAACAUGGUGAUAACAUUACAGAACAAUUUGACAGUUAUAGAGGAGUUGUACAGAGAAUGCUUUUAUGAGACAGCAAAACAAGAGGAAUUAAUAGAGAACCUUCGCAAAUCAUACCUCGACGUGCGGUUAAUGGAGAAAGAGAAAGCUGAUCAGAUUGGCCAGCUGCAGAACGUGAUCAACUCGCAGAAGUGGUCACUAGAGCGGUGCCAGGAUGUUGCGAUGGAAGUGGAGAACCUAAAAUUGGAAAUAUCAAACUUCUUGAACAAUUCCAACAACGACUCGGGUAUGUGGGAGCAGUCUGUGGCGGGGGAGGUGGGCGAGGAACUGCAGGAUAUCAUGCAGCAACUGCGGCAGUUGCGGGACCUGCUGCAGACGGACUGCAACUGUGGGCUCCAAGAAGAAAACAUGAAGCUGAAAGAAAGAAAUCAGGCUUUAGAAUGCGAGGUGGGGGAGCACCAGCGCAAGACAUGCGAGCUGGAGUGUGCGCUGGAGUCGAAAGAUGGCGCCAUCAGGAAAUUUAAAAAGCAGCUAGAUGAAAACAAUGAACAGAUGCAGUGCCUGCGCCAGGAGAUACAGUGUCUUCAUCAGAGAGAAGAGGAGAGACAGCGGGAGUGUCAAUGUCUGCAGCUCAAAUUACAGGAAGCCACUACGGCGUUGGAGGAGAAGUGCGCGGAGCUAUGCCGUAUGCAAGAUCAGUGCAACAAGUUGGAAGAGACUGUCAGAGAGUUGCGCCAAGACCUGGAGAGAGCCGACCAGAUCAUUAAGGAGAACUGCCGCGUGCGCAGCGAGGUGAGCUACCUGUCGCAGCAGGUGUGCCUGUGGCGGCGCCAGCUGGCGGACAGCGAGGCGCGCGUGCGCGGCGUGGAGGCCGAGCUGCUGCGCGCGCGCGACCACUGCAGGAACAUUGACCAGUGCUACAGGGAGAAGGCCCGCGCGGCGGCGGCGCUGCAGGAGCAGCUGGAGGAGGCGCACGCGCGCGGCAUUGAGCUGAGCGCCGAGGCGCGCCGCGUCGUUAGCGCUGUCAGGAGCUGGGUGCGGCGCAUGCGGGCCACCAACUGUGAACAAGAAGAGAAGAUAAAAGAACAAGAGGCUUGCAUAGUCCGUCUUAAGAAGUCGCUUGCGGAGCGACCGUGCGGGCCUCGGCCCUGCUCCAACAGCUACGUGUCCCGGGUGGAAGUGGGAUGCUCCAAGUGUGCCCCCAGGAGUCCCACCGUGAGCACGAGCCCCACCCCGGAGAGUUCAGCCAACGAGUGCGGGCGCGAGGCAACGCCGGCGCCGCGCCGCCCGCCACGGAAGGCCAGUUGCAUCAGCCGGGGCACACAUCUCUUUGUAAGUCGCUUGUUAUUUGUUGGCCAGCAGAGCAGAGAGUCAAUUAAUUUGGUCUAA